AUGGAUUUACAGGUUGAGUCCUGUGAUUUUGAUAACAUCUUUGACAAGGUUAUAAUGCAGGGAAAGUUUGGUGUUCCCUAUUCUACAGGUAAGGACGAAUUAUAUCUAGAUUAUUCUAAGACAGGGUCUCCACCAGCAUAUAAGGUCCGGCGCUCCAACCCUGUCCUCAGUUUGACCAAGACCCUGAGAGAAGAGAUGCCAGCACAAAAACUAGAAUCCAACCCACAAUAUGUUUAUCCACCAGACUUUGAUCUGGACGAAGUAUGUGAACGGCUAACCACGGGACCUGGCUGGGCUAUACUUAGAGGGAUGUUUACAAGCGAAGACAUUGAGUUGGCAACCAGAGCCAUCUUUGACGGACAAGUCAUAAAUACAGAAAGUAAUAACUUUAACAACGGGAAUGAUGAGAGUCACAACAAGUUUGCCGGGCUUAUGUGGGGCCUUCUUUCCAAAGGCGAGAUAUUCUCCAAGAUAAUAUCCCAUCCGAUUAUCAAAGAGGUUUCUGUAAAACUCCUGGGAAAGAAUUGUCGGCUCUCCAGUCUAGCAUCGAGCACUGUAAUGCCAGGCAUGAAGGGACAAAAACCCCAUCUUGACUAUCCCUACUACCGUCACAUGUGGCCUGAAGGAGAUACCUCUAUGGAUCAUUCUCCUGAAAACCUUCUCUCCCUCCAGGUUGUAACCCUUCUCACCGAGUUUACUCCUGAAAAUGGAUCCACCGCAAUAGUUCCUGGAUCCCAUAUAGUUCCCCGCCAUCCGGAUGACGUUGAUGAGUUCUUCAGCAAGGCAAUACAGCUGACCGCUAACGCCGGGGACGUUUUGAUGUUCUCCGGGCCGAUUCAACAUUGUGCAAUGCCAAACAAUUCUACAAAAUUACGAUGUGGAAUUCUACAGCACAUGUGUCCACUUUACGUGGUUCCAUUUGAAAAUAUCCCGCCAACGGGCGAGGAAAAUGAAGAAAUGCGAAGAAUUCUUGCGCUGGACAUGCCUUAUCCCAUUCUUAAGAAAAAAUAGAUUAUUUAACUUCAAACAGAGUUUAAAAUCUUAUAUUUUUUUAGAAUUAAAAAUUAAAAAUUAUUUCCAAUGUAUUAAAAAGCUAAACUUCGCUUUGAAAGUCCAGGAUAUGCUUUGCAAAACUAAUACAAAUGUUUGUUUCUAAUCUUGUGGAUAUAAUGGAAUGCGUUAACACUUUGAACUUUCAUUCAACAUGAAUUCCAGUUACUAUUUCUGUCUAAAAAGCUAUUUUUUUUUAUAAAAU